AUGAUGUUUCGAGAGCAAGUUGCAGUGGUGUUGACGUUAGUUUUGCUUAUGAGGAUGUUCCAGGUCAGUAAAGGUGCAACCGCCUGGAGUUUGUACAUCGAGUUUAGCACGACUGCGCUCUCCGGGGUGGAUACCAGCAGCCAGUUCAUGGCUCAGAUGAUUGGGAGCAAUGGCGAGUGUGAGGAGGUCGAUCUCGUCAAAGCAACACACGACAGCGCGGUUGGCCUUGUAUCGGGCAGUAAAGUGACCUGGACACUUCCCGAUUUCUACUGUCACAAAAGCAACCCGACUGAGGAAACGGGGAGGAUUAUAGCACUCAAGCUAAGAAUCUUGACCGGUGCCGCUGAUGUAGUCAGACUAUAUAAGGUGGCCUUGAUCAACACGGACCUCUCCUACACGCUCUUCGGUACUGACCUUACCGAGGCGAACCCACAGGAAAUUGUAUUCGAUAAUACUAUCUCGAGCGUAACACUCUCCGUACCGAGUGGGAUCAAUGACGGUAGGUUGACAGCACCACGCCGUAUUUCACCAUUGUCCAUCAACUCAAGAAACGAUAGGUCACAAUCAGUGAAUUACGCUGCCUUCAAGUUCAAGAAGACGAGCGAUACUCUGGUAGGAGAUGCCAUCGCCACCGACUACAGCUACAUCAGGUCGACGCUCCUCUGCGCCCAUGCUUGCACUGAGGACGGCGAUUGUCUGGCUUUCCGAAUGGCCUCUUCGGGCAAAACGUGCAAGCUUCAUAAAGGUUACGGCGCACCAGCAGCAGUUACGGAUUACUACAGGUUGAAAUAUUUCGGAAAAGUAACAGGACCGGCGUCACCUGUCACCUAA